CCCACGCUUAGCGACGUUUUCCUCAUCACCGAUUUCCAACAUCUCCUUCACCGUAUUCUUUUCUCUGACGGCAUACUUCUAUUUCUGUGCGAUGACCGAAGAUCCAGGUUUUGUUCCGAAGAUGAGCAGCAGGAAUCAGCAACGAGCCGUUGUCACCGAAUUAUUCGAGCAGUGGAAAUUUGACGAGGAAAAUUUCUGCGUCUUGUGUAUGAUUCGAAAGCCUUUGCGAAGCAAGCAUUGUAAGCGUUGUGGGCGAUGCGUCGCAAAGCAUGAUCAUCAUUGCCCAUGGAUCGACAACUGUGUUGGCGCGAACAAUCUGCGGCACUUCGUCUCGUAUAUCAUCUGCUUAGAAAUCGGCAUCAUCUUGUUCUUGCGCCUGACAUUCAAUUACAUCAGCGUUCUUCCAGCUCCUGCGAAUCCACAGUGCAAUGUCAUAAAUGAUGCAUUGUGUGAUUUUGUACUCCGUGACACAUUUACUCUAGUUCUCGAUAUCUGGGUGCUCAUUCAGCUGGUUUGGAUAACUAUGCUCUGUGCCGUUCAGCUUGUCCAAAUCUCCCGAAACCAGACGACUUACGAAAACAUGAGGGGCCAUUCGAUUGACCGGAGUUAUCCCAGCUCACGAGCAUUUGCCUCGGCUGUGACGGCAGGUACGACAUCAUUAGAUGCGGCUGGCCUCUCUUCCGCCGGUCAAGGUCCCAAUCCGGCUCUGGCGCAAAAUGUUUCACAUAGGCACCAACGGAAUGGCUGCCUGCAACAAUGGUCCUCUCUUUUGGGAGUUGAUACAUUCUUUGCAACAGCGCGGGACGGGUUACGGGACGGCCCACGUACCGCCCGGCCAAAGAAUCCCUUUUCCCGUGGCAUUGUCACUAACUGUCAGGAUUUCUGGUGCGACCCUGCUCCCUACUUCGGACGACGAGAGCCAGGUUCUGCCAUCCUCGGCGGUGAAGUUGUCAAUUACAACCGAAUGUAUGAGAUUCCAUUGCGAAUGCACAGCGGCGGGGGCUACCGUAGCCUGGCCGACAAUGACCUAGAGCAAAAUGCUUAAAUCAUCUCUCUUCCUUCACGACUUCAGAGUCGUUGAAUCAAGAACCUGAAACUAUGAUGGUCUCAUGCUUGGGAGGGGAGGUUGCAGAUCAGCGUCGCGCGAAUCCG